AUGGCUAACGGGUACCGCACGCUCUCCCAGCACCUCAAUGACCUCAAGAAGGAGAAUUUCAGCCUCAAGCUGCGCAUCUACUUUCUGGAGGAGCGCGUCCAGCAGAAGGGCGAGGGCAGCCGGGACGAUGUCUACCGGCGGAAUAUCGAGCUGAAAGUAGAGGUGGAGAGCCUGAAGCGGGAGCUGCAGGAGAAGCAACAAGCCCUGGACAAUACAUGGGUGGCUGCGGAGAACCAGACAACCCGCAGCCAGGCAGCGCUCCGGCAGCAGUAUGAGGAACGGCAGCGGGAGUCGGAGCACGUCUAUGAGCUCCUGGAGAACAAGAUCCAGCUCCUGCAGGAGGAGGCCAGGCUGGCACGGAGUGAGGCCGAGCAGGCCACGGCGCUGGCGAAAGCCGAGGCGGAGCGGUGCCGGGAGCUGGCAGGGAAGCUGAAGGAAGCUGCGAGAACAAAGGAGGAGGACAGGAGCGAUGAUGGCUGCGGUACCAUGGCCCAGAGGAGGAUCGAAGAGCUGACCCAAGAGCUGGCCGCCAGCAACCGGCUCGUGGAAACGCUGUCAGCCGAGAAGCGUGACCUGCAGCAGCGCCUGGAGGAGCCCCUGGCUGUGGGGGGCCAGCACCAGGAGUCCCGGCGUGUGACCGCCCUAAAAAGGGGGGAUUGGUGGGGUGAGAAGUGCCGGUGGGCUCAGGGCUUGAGGGAGCUGUACGCUGGGAGAUGCGCAGAGUGA